UGGAGCAGUAUCGCAAGGAGUAGAGCCCAGAUCUCUGUGUCAUGAGUUGUCAGGCACGGAUUCAGGCACGUUUGUUUCUCAUUCGUCAGACUUCUGACCAUGGAAUGAGCAGCCCAUGGUGAGCAGCCUAGUGAGCAGGCAUGCGCUCGGCCACCAUUAUGGGAUCUGAACGGAGGAAUGCUCUCAUCGGCCUGGCGGUGCUCUCGUCCCACAUCUUCGCCGUGGCCUUCCGCGUCCCUCUGCAGCGGCACCGGCUCUGCAGCCUCGCGAGACCAAGAGCUCUUGGUCUUCCGAGAGCCAUCUCGCAAGACCAAGACCUCGGAUUGUCCCGCGUCAGCCAACCUCCGCUUCCGCCAGGCGGCGAGAGCCACGACGCCAGCUACUCAUCCACGCCGCCGUUCCUCCCGGUGGCUGCUGCUGUCAACCGGACGAUUGGUUAUGAUGCAGACGACGAGGAUUACGAGAUUGUGUACACUCGAGAGUCGGCAGGGGAGCCGCUGUCUGUCGAUGAUGUCGUCCUUGUGGACGUGCUUGACCAGAAGAUGGAGCCACUGGAGCUCCUGAGCGGCAGGGAGCUGAGGCAAGCCCGCCAAGAUGCAGGCCUGAAGCGCCACCGCCCUGUGCUGCAAGGCAUGCUUAAGCGAAGGAAGUCGCUGAGGAGCCUCUUCGCUUCAAGCCCUCGUCGAUUCGUCGUUCGGCUGCUAAAGGGACGUCUGCCGCCGCCAGACCACCUUGCCGAACGCUCUUACUCCUUGAUGGCCGAUGCAGAUGACCCUGCUCUACUCAGGUGCGUGCUGUCCCUCCAGGAGGCUUUACAGCGUCACGGCUAUGCGGUGUAUCCCCUUCGGCUGGAGCAUGCCAUCAUCACGCCCAACGAGAAGGGCCGCAUCCGCGAGUGGUGGUCCAGGUGUGUCAGCAGCCGCAGAGGGCAGGGGGGCAAGGCUGAGUCAGAGUCACGAUACGGCUGCAGGAUCGCCAUCCCCUGUCAGGUCUACCGCUCUGCCGACCCACCCUUGAGGCUUGUUCAUGAAGCGAUCCCGCGUGCGUCAAACACAGGCCCUCCUGCUGCGCCGCGAGCGUUCAGGACGAAGGCAGACUCCCUGACCAACGUCAUCGGUUUGCAGCCCGGCAAGCCCUUCCGUGUCGUGAGAGGCAGGUGGCGCAGCAUCGACAAGUCGGGCAUCUUCGAGCCCCUCAGCAACACGUCCCUCGCGGCCGUAGCGCUCAACCAAACCGGCAGCCCUGUGCCCAACAUCCAGCUGCUGCUGAGGGCAGCUGAGCGACCCAGUCGGUCUAUAGAGCCCGGCAUCUCGUUUACUGUGGACAAUCUCAAGGACGACUGGCUGGGGGAGGUGUCAUUCAAAGAUCGUAACUUCCUGGGGCGUGGCAAGGAGGUGGGGGUAGACAUCCGGCGGUCUCCGCGACUGCUGAAGCAGCGGCCAAGUCAGGAGGAAGAUCGCAGCGGCACUGGCGACGAGAGUGAGGGGACUGGUGGACAGGCGGCAGGGGGCGGGCCGUCGAUCUUCUCGGUCAAUCUGCGCUUCCUAGACAAUGUUUUCUCAUUUGCUGAUGGCCGCGGCUUCAAAGGCAAUGCCUACGUCCAGCUCGAUGGCUCGGUGGCCGAGUCAUCUGGAGACAAGAAGAGCCAGGAGCAGGCCUCUGCGCUGAUUGGCGGCAAUCUUGAGUGGCUCACAGGUCCGAAGCGAUGGGGACAGACGGUGCUAGGGCUGGAGCUGCAGCAGAGGCGGCGCAUCUGCGAGUCGGGUGGGAUACAGGCGCCGAAACCAUGUGCCUCGCAACCGCAUUCCAGCGAUUUCGUAGCCAUGCUGCGUGAGAAGUUCGGGAGCCGCAUGACGACUGAGGCCAAGACCAGCCUCACCUACCUGACGCCACUGAAGGUAACCAGCCAGAAAUGCCGUCACAUGAUAUGCAUCUGUGUGUCCCGUCUGCCUUUCAGGAGCUGGCUGCCGCCCUGCAGACGACAGGCCAAGCGAAGCUGUCGACUGCAGUCGGUCUCCACGACUACAGCCCGCCUCUCGGCCAGACGAGCUGCCAAGUUGACCAUGACCGCCCUCUUCGAAGCUUCUUGAGGCUGGAUCUCACCAGCACUGAGACCCUGCGGCUGGGGGCACUCUUGCCCCCUCGACAAGCUUCAUCAUCCCGCCCUCCCCCUCCCCCUCCCCCUCCCGCAAGCAACAACAGCUCGUGGCCUGUUGUGCUGCGCAUGGGCAUGGAUCUAUCCAAGACCAUGGGUGUCUUCCGGCAGCAGGUUGGAGGCAUCGUCGGGGUGGACCUGCCGGCAGCAGGGGAGCCCUCCGAUGAACAGCUGUGUACCGACACUCAAUCGUGGCCCUGCGUCACUCCGGGUCCGCUCCCUCCCUGGGAGCGCUUCUAUCUGGGCGGCAUCGGGUCGGUGAGGGGCCACGGCUACCACGCUCUCGGGCCCUUCCACGCGAGCGGGAGAGCCGUCGCGGAGGUGCGUGUGCCGACGACGAUCGACGUGAAAGUCAAUCGGCCGCACGUCACCUUCCACCGAGAUGCGAUCCGCUUCGUGCGCAGGCGAAUGGGCCGUCGCGAUGAUGCCGACGAUGGGGGCGGUGCGGCAACGCCAGCUGGAACCCGUGAGAAGGGGGGCAACCCGCUUUUCGCAAAGAAGCUGUCACUCGACGUCUUUGCGCAUGCCGAUGCCGGAGUGGGGGUCGACUGGAGGGAUGGGUCGGCGGUGAGUGAUACGUCUGUCACUGACCUGCUCGACGCGAUUAGGCCAGGCCACGACAGCGGGACCACGUCUGCAGCCAAAGGGAAGCGCGCAAUGACAGGUGUGGGGGUCGGUGUUGGCCUGCGGUGUCGCGGCGUGAUGCUGUGCGCCUCUGUCAAGCUCCCGGUGGCAGCGAGUGGCGGCCGCAGCGGUGCUGACGAGGGUAGUGUGUCGAUGAGCGUGGAGCCAGGGGGGCUGAUAAGGCCUGCAAGGAGUGGGGUUGGUGGCGGCGGGGGCAAAGAGAGGCGGUCGGUGUUUGGGUCGCUCAAGUUCCAUGUUGGGAUGUCCCAGCAGGACGGGCUGGAGCCUCUGUGAGCUGGUUGGUGACCAGAUAGACGGUGGCUGUUCAUCAUUCCAUCCGUCGUAUGUAGAUACGUGUUGUCUGUCUGCACGGUGGGUGGACCGAUGGAUGGAGGGA